GGCACUUUCAUCGGCCGGAUAUAAAUGGUGUAUUUUCCUGGGAUAAAACCGGAUAGUGCCAAGUCACGGUAUAACUCUCAUUCAACUUCACUUCAGCUGCAAGUCGACUUCGAGAGCUCAGAUUGCAUCAUCAUGACUGUUCUUUCAACUCUGCCCAAGGAGUACGGGUAUGUGGUGCUGGUAGGAGCCGCCAGUGCCUUCAUGGUACAGUUCCUGGCCAUCCAGGUGGGGAGGGCUCGAAAAAAGUAUGGCGUUGAGUACCCUACCAUGUACAGUGACACCAUUCCUGCAUUCAACUGUGUCCAGAGAGCACAUCAGAACACACUGGAAAACUACCCUCAAUUCCUGAUGCUGCUAUUUUUCUCAGGGCUUGAACGUCCAAGGGCAGCUGCUGGUCUGGGAGGUCUGUGGGUCUUGAGCAGGAUUACCUAUGCCUUUGGCUACUACUCUGGAGACCCUAACAAGAGGAGGCGUGGAGCUUUUGGCUACAUAGGAACAAUGGGCUUGAUGUCCUUGACGGUUAGGUCUGCCUUCCGAAUGCUGAAAUGCACCUCAGGUGGAAUGACCCCGCGAUUCAGCCAAUAAGUGCACCAACUCCUCACCUCACUAUAAACUACAGUGGAACCUCAUUAUAACAAACUCCUAGGUCUAAUACAGUUCGAGGGUUCAGUGACACAAAGACGUAACUCCAUAUUUUGCCAAAAUGAGUAUUUGAUAUCAAAAUGUUCAGAAAAAUGUGGGCUUUCUAGGAAACACAAGGACUUAACUCCACCCAACACCCCAUUGAAGUUAAUGGCUAGUGAAACAUAGACUUAAGGCCCAAGUGGACCUUGAAUCUAUCUUUAAACCACUUUUUUCUCAAAAUGGAAUUACGUCUUUGUGUCACUGACCCCUCAAGUUGAACCUGCAUGACCCUGGGUCAAAGAAUACCAACAAAGGAAAAUUUAUACCUCAGACUAUAUAUACCUCUGGUAAAACUGAUUUUAAGCAAAGGUUGAAGCCAAGCAGCAGGUUUAGAAUUUGAGUAGAAAACGGCCGGGCCUGUGGGACCAAGAAAAUUAUUUUAAAUGUUCUUAUUAUAUGUUAAUUAUUGUUAAAUGUAAUGAAACUUUCUACAUCAGGGAUUUAAAAGAAAAGGCAGAAAUUUCAAAGAAGUGGAACUGGCAAAACCUAUUUUUUUUCGAGUGAAAAGAUGCUAUUAUUGUAGUGUUCUUGAUAGUUAGAUUCCACGUACUCCACAGUCACUGUGUAAUUCUUGAUUACCUUUAAAUUUGUAUAGCAGAAGUUGCAUUUGAUUAGGCUCAAAUAAAAAAUAUAUGGCUUAUAAGUACAUCUGAACUCAACAUGAAAACCAUUAGUUGAGCAAUUGUGAGGUUGUUUAUAGCUGAACAAUGUAGCGCUUUAAUGGUAUAUAUUUUCCUGAGUUGUGUAAUCCUACCUUUGCAGUGACACUUUUGCACAAGCACUUUAAUAAAUUAAUGUGCAUUAAUCUGAGAUCAUUAUGAUGUAAUGCUAGAAUUUCACAUUUAAUGUUUAAUCGGUUUGUACAUCGAGGCAUUGUUUUAUUGCCUAACCAGAAGAGCAAGUACACUUGACUUAAUUACUUUUCUGUGACUUACUGUAAGCAAUUAUUCCUUGUCCAACGUACACUACAUUAAAGUGAAAGUGCAUAUUACUGUGAGCAAAAUAAUUUUUUUGUUGACAAUACUGUAAUUUGAGGAUUGUCAAGAGAAACAUCAUUCAAGCAGCUGGUAAACAGAUUCACUGUAUGAUCAUCAUCAUCUUAUUUUCCCUUCGUUUAUUUUGGAGAUCAUCGAUCCCAUGGGCCACAAGACAUAUAACUAAACCGGUCACAGGAGCACUAGAGUGAAGCUAAAGUAAUAACUGUAUCGCUGUAAUAAUGCAAUAUCAUUCCUUUCCGUCUGACCCCUCUACAGGGCACGAGUGCAUCGUGCUUCAGUAAUAUUAAAUCACUGAAAAGUUUAUUAAUCAUAGGUGAUGGAAAUGCAUUUUGAUAGUACUAGUAUACUGGAACCUUAUUCUAACAAACGGGCAGGGAAAAAAUACACAGGGGCUUGGGGUGAAUUAGCCCCCCGAAAUGCCAAAAAGAGCCCCCCCCCCCCCGCGAAAAAAAAAAUAAUAAAAUAACCAUGGUCCAUGGUCUAACGUACACCAAUGGAAAGACCUUUAUGUACACUGUAUUUCAAAGUCUGUGACAUUAGGGCUAAAAAAACACAAUAUGAAGAAGUGGUAAUGGGAAAAUUACCAUGUUAUAUACAUGUACCGGUAUAUUGUAUAAUUGGAGUGUGAUUUAGUAGUGUUUUUUUUAAUGAGGUUCUACUGUAUAUUAUGCAUUUUUACAUGACUGAGUAAGUUCAGGAGUUUAAGCUGACUGAAAUGCCAAAACUGAAUUAUCCUCACUUUCGAAGUACUAGCAAAUUUCAAUCAUUUAUAAUUAGAAUUAUAUUUUGUGAUAGAAUUAUAUAUGGGAUUUAUCUGUGAUUUAUCCGGACUUAACGUUUGUACAUGUUGGUCACCUUUAUAGGCUUGUAUGGAUUUCUCGUUAUAUGUUGAAACAAGAAUAUCUUGUUUGAAUAGAGAUUUGUCUGAAAGAAGAAAAUAAAUUGUUUAUAUACAAUAUACAACAAGGUGAAAGAUAAAUACUAA